GCUUUUGGCUGCAAUACAUGCCAUGAAUACCCUCGGGAUUACACGCCCAUUCUCAACAUCGUGUCGCGUCCUAGCUAACAGAGCCAUCGUCUACUCUGCGAACGGCGAGCCGUCCUCCGUGCUUGGGACGACCACAUUCCCAACCCUGCCUUCGCCUCCGCCCGGCGCGGUCAACGUCCGCUUCCGACUGUCUCCCAUCAACCCUGCUGAUGUGAACGUCGUCGAAGGCAAGUAUCCUGCAAAGCCGGCGCCUUCCGCACUUUCGAAGGAGGGCUCGCCGGUAUUCGUAGGAGGAAACGAGGGAUUGGCGGAAGUGAGCAGCGUGGGCCAGGGCGUGACGGGCUUGAGUGUGGGCGAUUGGGUCGUGAUGAACAAGCCGCAGAGCGGGACAUGGACGAGUUCGGCGACAGCGAGGGAGGGAGACGUGCUGAAAAUUCCGAAGACGAUAUCGGAGGUGCACGCGGCUACGCUGACGGUCAACCCGCCUACGGCCCUGUGCAUGCUCACGGAUUUCGUGGACUUGCAACCCGGCGAUUGGGUGAUACAGAAUGCGGCAAACAGCGCAGUCGGGCAAAGCGUCAUUCAAAUCGCUGCAAGCAAGGGUAUUAAUACCUUGAACUUUAUCCGUGCCCGAUCGGACCUUGAUUCUACUAAAGAGUGGCUCAAGGAAAUGGGCGCCACGCACGUCUUCACGUAUGAUGACGUCCAGGAUAAAACACAGUUCGCCUCCAUCAAGAAGCUCGUUGCGGAAAAGAAGCCACGCCUGCUACUGAACGCUACCUGUGACCCGACUCUCGGCCGCCUCGCGGGGCUCCUCGAUAAGGGCGGUCACCUCGUCACAUACGGCGCUAUGGCAAAGCAACCGUUCUCGGUCCCUCCGGGUUUGUUCAUCUUCAACAAGUUGACGUGCCACGGGUUCUGGAUGAGCACCUGGGCCAAUGAAAAGGGCAAGGACAAAUCGCAGCUGCUAUUGGACAUCGUCAAACUGGUCGAGCAGGGAAAGUUACGAGAACCGGAGCACGAGAUAAUCACCCUGCGGAAGAACGACGGGGACGAUCAGUUGAGCAACGAGGUGCGCGAAAUCUUUGCGAAGAUGAAAGAGGGCCAAGGAAAGAAGGUGCUAUUGCGGAUCGAAGAGCCUGAUGAUUAGCCUCGAAUUCGAUUGUUGUGCAACUGGAAUACUACGCUGCCUGCGGUCCACGGAUCUUGGAAAAAGCAUACGCUGACCAGCUGGAUCUAUCUGCUUCAAGCUGCGGUCUCUCUGUCUUCUCUCUAAAGUUCAUGUGGCCGAUUCAGAAAGGCUUGAUGAUGCUGGGUACUUGCAGAACGACGAGUGGCAAUGCUAGA